AUGCCUCCUGGAAUGCCUCCUAAGCGAUCGUAUUCUCGCACCGAUGCUGCCGUCCGCGUAGAAUACCCUGAGCCUCAUGAACUUCCCGCCAGCAAGCCCUUGAUUGGCCAAGGUGGACAGUUUUCUAAGCCCACUCUAGCUUCCCUCUCUCUAGAAGGCAAGACAAUUGUCAUAACUGGGGGCGCAAGAGGCCUCGGGCUGGUCAUGGGACAGGGUGUAGUCUACUCGGGGGCUAAUCUAGCCAUCGUCGAUUUAAACAAGGACGAAGCACAGUCUCAAGUAGGCCAAUUGACAGAUGCUUUCAAGAGAGAGAACCGAAACAGCGAUACGAUCCCGAGAGUCACUGCCCACUAUGCAGACGUCUCCGACCCUGACUCUGUAACAAGCUGUAUCGCCGAAAUCCUCAAGAUACAUCAUAAGAUCGAUGGUUUAGUUACGUCGGCUGGCUUCACUGAGAACUUUGAGGCAAUCAACUACCCGAUCGAUCGUAUGCGAAAGUUGUGGGGUGUCAAUGUUGACGGCACCUAUCUCUUUGCAGUUGCUGUUGCUAAGCAUCUUAUAGGGGGAUAG